CUAUGACAACGAUCUGCUAGAUAAACUUUGUUUAUAGAUGACUUCUAAUCGAUUUGGUUAAUAUCAAGGGGAUUAUAAGCUUUCACAUUGGAAUUAUUGAGCUGAAACUUACUUCAGACAUACGACUGACAACUAUUUGGCAUAUAACUGCUCAAAUAAGGAGUGAUAUCACAAUAUGGAACUUUAAUUGAAGUUGUAAAAAGUUUAUAAAAGUUUUGAAAGUAGAAAAAUUACCCAAGCCUUCAUUUUAUUUAGGCAGAUUUUAUAAAAAUGCCCAAAGGAAGAUUAAAUGCACCACCAACCCAGUCUGAUGGAGUUUGGUUUCGCCAUAGGGGCAAUGAUGUGUGGAGUACAUUGGACAGACGUGUAGAUACAAGUACAGGUGGAAUGUUACACUCUACCUUCAAAGAGUCAUCUAAGACUAAACCAUUACCUCCUCCAGCACCAUAUUGUGAAAAAGAUCAGAAAAAUUUCAAACUAAAGAACACAUUUUCUAGUCAUGACAACCGAAACUCUUUCCAGGACCAUGGAGUGUACUUUGGGAAUGGCCAAGAUACAAGAACAUUGGGAAAAAAUUUAACAAAACCUAGUGACAGGCACCACUUUACAAACAAAGACUAUCUUAAACAUGAUGGAAGAACAACAGUGAAUUACUCAUAUGAUUCUAAUUAUGCCGUGUCUUAUCAGGGUGACCAGAAUACUAAAAAGCCAGUGCAUAGACGUUUUCCAAGAAUUCACCCCCAAGGUGAACCAGGGCCAAAAAAAUUAGACACCACCAUUACUGACAUCUAUCAACCACCCGCUGUACCAUAUAAUACAUCUCUACAAGUAUUAGCAUCGUCGCAAGAGCCAUUUUUGAAACAUAACCCAUGGAAAUUUUCUUAUCAUGGCUCUCCUAAAUGUUACCCACCAUUUGAUAAAGUAGAUAGGCAGAACCCAUAUCCAGUAUGGAUGGUCCAAGGAAGUUAGAAUCUCAGAAAUGUAAAAAUUAAGUAUGUCUAAUAUAGGCAUGAAGUUAUCAUCUAUUUCACUAUUACCAUGCAUUAUACUGU